UGCUUUUGAAAUGGUUAUAAAUAGGUAACUUUAGUCAUCACCGUCCAGUUAACAACAUGAAAUUACUUGAGGUUGUCUACAUUUUUGCCCUAGCGGCUUGUUUCGCUGGCAAUUGUGCGUGUAUUUCCAGUGGAACGUCCGUUACUAACCCAAAUGCCUAUCCAUUUCAAGCGGCAGUACUCUGUCCAGUGACUAUGUGUAGUGGUGCGGUAGUGUCAUCAAAGAGCGUCGUGACUACCGCAACUUGCGUCAAUAUGUUAUCACCAGAGGACGUUGAACUCUAUGUGGGUUCUAACAUGUAUUACAGUGGUGGUUUUACUCACUCUGUAGCCGUCAUUGCAACGCAUCCUAACUUUAAUCCUACAACAUAUCACAACAACAUAGCAGUACUUACCUCAGCCACACAAUUCGAAAAUGUCGUUGUACCGAUUUCCUUAGCUACCACACCACCCUUCACUGGUACCACCCUUUUUGCUACAGCAUUUGGAGCAGUCGAUCCAGACUUGACGUUACCAGAUACACUUCAGAGGGCUGGCCUCGUUGCAUUUGGAUUUGCUAAUUGUCAAACAUUAAAGUCCAACAGACUAACCACAUCUAUGUUUUGUGCGGGAGAUCUAUCUGGCCAUAAAGACCUUUGUUCCGGAGACGAGGGAGCACCGUUGGUCUAUCAAAACAAACUUUACGGCAUUUAUUCAUGGGGUUGUAGUUGUGGUCUGGCUGCUACUAGUUCACCUGUAUUCAAUUUAAUCUCUUAUUUCGGCACCUGGAUUCAAUCGGCUAUUGCAACGAACGAGUAG